AUGUGGAGAACAGGCCUACUCUACCUCGACCGUGGGGACAGCUCCAUACUCAACGCCCUCAGAAAUGCGGGGUACGACACCAAAGAGCACCCAGGCUCGCCAUCACGAUCACCUUCCCGCCGCUUCUCAAUUGCCAGCGACACCGAGAGCGCCCUCGAGGGCAAGCUCAAGCAAGAGAUGCGCCAGCAACAGGGCGUCCAGCACUGGGUCAUGCCGCCGGAUGUCAACGGCCUCAAGUUUGCCAGUCCCCGCGCCAGCCCGCGCACACGAGCCAUUGACCCUGCCGACGCCCUCGGCCUGUCCACAGACGCAACCCUCUUCGAAGAACCCCUCCUUUACUCGCUGGAUCGAAUAAAGGAAGACGGUCCUUCACCCGACUACUUCUCCUACGAUGACCUCGCCAAGUCGCCAUCCAUCAAGAGCGAGGGCGAAGAAACCGUCAUCACAAAGCACCGCCCUUCUCACCUGCGCACACCCUCAACACCAACCAUCGAAUCAAGACUCGCCAGUGCGCAAAGGGCAUCACGAACACUUCCGCUCCGCGCCAAGACCAACGACGGUCUUCUGCAACUACAAGCCAACACAUCAAAGCCACAGCGCCCCGCCAACACCCACCAACGCAGAAUCUCCCUCGGCCUCCCCAUCAAAGCCGCCACCGCACAGAACGAGAACCCUCGCCAUCACAGCCCGACCACCCGCUCCCUCCAUCCAUCAACACCCAAGAAGCUACCAAAGAAGAGCGGACCGACAUCGGCCAUCCAGCAAGAGCGUGAUUUGGAGUACAAGCACCGUCACACAUUCAUCGGCACAGCAUCCCUGGACGACUUCCUAGAGGUUCUCGACGUGUCACCCGAGCAAAACAUCACCAACAAAGAAGCGGUAAUAAGGGCCUUCAUCCUCCUAGCCUCCAGCGAGCGAUUGCUAGCACGACAAGCAUCACUCAAGCCCGAUGGAUGGAGCGUGCUUGCGCGGACAUCUGCCGAGACGGUCAACACCGACUACGUUGAGCAAGCAAAGGCCAAGCUCGGGUCCAUUGUCCUACGCCAAUUCCUGGAUCUCAUCACAUUCAACGAAGAAGAAGAGGCAAGCGCCAUGGCAGUGGUAGAAGCAUUCACUGCCGCCAGCCAUCUGGAUGCACAAGCGAGUAAAAACGAAGCGAGUAGGGCCAAGGCCUUUCGGAAGCGGAUGGUGAAAGACGGUAAAGCGCUACCCCAGUCGUAG